AUGCUGUCCUCACUUGGCUUUGGUUCGCGAGGACGAGCUGCUGCUAAGCAAACGUCAAGAGGGCUGGCUACCUUUUUCUCCAGCAGCACGACAGCCAACCCGACCCCUACAGCAGCAGCGGCGAAGCUAGAGCUCUCGUACAGCCGCCACGGCGAUUCCGUGCAAAGCUACGAUCGAACGGCAGGACCUAUCGACACCAAGCAGAUCAAAGCACCCAGCGGCCAGGCACUUCCCCAUCCAUCUAAUGUCGAUGAAUACGUCUACCAACGCCCUCUCGCUCCCAAACUCGAUAUUUCGGAGAGCUACGACUCGCUUAGAUGUGAGACAGGUUCCAUAUUCGACAUAACCGCUAAUAUCAAUAUCCCGGUGGAUGUAACGGACACGUUGUCCGACGCCACCAGCACCACCUCCUCACCUCCGUCUCCCUCGCCCUUGAUGCGACCACGGGCAUCAUCGGUAACUGUGCCCGCGCCUAAGCCGAUCGUGAUGUCGGCGCCUCUAGCACCUCCCCCCACCCGACCUCCUCCCGCUGUCCUGCAUCCGCCGCAAACAUCAGGUGCCGUCCAUCAUCGUGCUCCCAUUUAUUUCUCGUCUCAUUCAGAUCCGCGGUACCCUGCUUCGCGCGAAGUGUCUCCGGAUCGAGGCAGGGACCCCUCACGUCCCACGAGGAUGUCACCCCCUGCCUCCUCCUCUUUUGUAUUCCCUACCACAGGGGACGCGGACGAAGUUCAUGUUGCACGUCCUGGUUCAUCAUCUGGUCCUCGUCCCCGGAGGAUGAGCAGGGACCAGCCAAUUCCAGGGCCUCAGAGGCGAGCGUCGGCCGACCGGCCUGCGCUUCGUCUGGAAACCGACCGUAUGUCCCCUCAGCGCCAGGGCAGUCACGCCGAUGCCCAAUAUCAGCACCCGCACCCGCACCCGCCCCAGCAAGGUGCCACUCACCCCGGCCCAUCUGGAGUGCGACCGCGGUUGGACUCGAUAGACUAUGCAGCGAGGCAUUACCGGCACGACCCUCCGGGUUUGGGACCGUCGGUAACCCUCAGCUUUCCAGCUGAGGUGGUUGGGUCGGCAUCCGUAGCAGUGCCUGCGAAUUCUAUGCCUAUCUCUCGACGUACCGAUCAAGAUGUCUUGCCGUCACGCCCUCGCAGGAACUCAGACAUGGGCGCUGGACGUGUGGCUACGGGUACAAGCCCGCCCCAGGACUCUACUUCGUCUCGUCAGACGUCCUCGAACAGUAUACAAACCAUUAGGAGCGUCCGAUGGGAUGAGAACCUUAUUUGUCCCUCGCCGAUCCUACCAAGUCAGAGGAGACAAGGUUGGUUUAACCGCCGCGGCGAUCAGCUGUGGACAAAUGAUGGGAAGUUCAGGUCCCCUCCAGUUGAGGAACAGUACCCUCCUGACCUUGACGGUUACCCGGAGGCUGGACAGGGCUGGAUGAACGAGCAAGGCGUCCGUAUUGACAUGCAACACCGCUUAGUGCCGAAAGUCCCUGCGCGUUCUGCACUGAAGCGUGCAACGAUAUGA